AAGAGUGUGUCGGAGGAAGAGUGUGCUGGGAAGGAAUUAGAAGAGUGUGUUGGGGAAGUGUUUGUGUCAGGGAGGUGUCAGGGAAAGGUAGUAUUAUGGAAGGGGGUUGUCAUUGGGAAAAGGGUGGUUAUCGGGGAAGUUGUAACUGUCGGGAAAGGGGGAAGAGGUUGUCAGAAACUGGUUGUAUUGUAUCGGAAAAAUAG